AUGGGCAUCUCCACCGUGACAGCUGCUCGUAUCCUGAAGGGCCAGCUGCAGCGGAAGACAGGCGAGGAAACCAUAUUGGAAAUGGACCGCUUUCCAUUCGUGGCGCUCUCUAAGGUAAGGAAGGCCCCGUCUUCCUUCAGGCUGACGGCUGCUGAUGGGUGGAGGAGGAAGGGAAGCCGAAAGAGUCCCAAGCCGUGUGCCUCGCCCGUUCUCGGGAAACCUCCCCAGAAGUUGGCAAGGCUUCAGGGCAAAUCUGUGGGCAUUGUCACCACCACCCGCGUCAACCACGCCACACCGAGCGCCGCUUACGCACACUCGGCCGACCGGGACUGGUAUUCGGACAAUGAGAUGCCCCCGGAAGCACUUCAACAGGGGUGCAAGGACAUCGCCCACCAGCUGUUCGAAAACAUCCCAGACAUUGAGAAUGCCCUUUAUCUAUGGAACCGGACGGAGCUAAUGAAGCUGGACCCAGCGAAAGUCGACUAUGUUUUGGGUCUCUUCGAGCCCAUCGACAUGAUGUACGAACUCAACAGGAACAACCAAACGGAUCCUUCCUUGACCGAAAUGGUGACCGUGGCCAUCCGAAUCCUCCAGAAGAACCCCCGCGGAUUCUUCCUCCUGGUUGAGGGUGGCAGGAUUGACCACGGGCACCAUGAAGGAAAGGCCAAGCAUGCCCUGCACGAGGCGGUAGAGAUGGACCGGGCUAUCGGCGAGGCUGGCAUCCUGACCUCUUUGGACGACACCCUGACAGUGGUGACCGCAGACCACUCCCACGUGUUCACAUUUGGGGGCUACACAACCCGCGGCAACUCCAUUUUCGGGCUGGCCCCCAUGCAGAGUGACAUGGACAAGAAGCCGUUCACUUCCAUCCUGUAUGGAAACGGACCCGGGUACAAAAUAAUAGCUGGAGAGAGAGAGAAUAUCUCAGCGGUCAAUUUCACCGAUGCCAACUACCAGGCACAGUCAGCCGUCCCGCUGCGCAUGGAAACGCACGGAGGGGAGGACGUAGCCGUCUUCGCCAAGGGCCCCAUGGCUCACCUCCUCCACGGGGUCCACGAGCAGAACUACAUCCCCCACGUGAUGGCCUAUGCAGCUUGCAUUGGCGAGAACCAGGCACACUGCCAGUCGGGCACGCCAGGCAGCCACUCCGGAUCCGUCCCUCUCAUUUCAACCGUCUUCUCCAUCCUCCUGCUCCGAGUUUUGUUCUAAAGCCUCCAGCUCCUCGGAUUCUCCGGAUCGAGACUUUUUGGGGGCUGUUUUGAGAUUUCCAGCCUCAAACUACCCUCAAGGGGUUUCUGGCUUCAAGGAGGGGAAACCACAUUGGACGAUUUGGCUUAUUCCCCAAGGAACUGCUCUGCUUUGCCCUGGGACAGAACGAUCCGUGGCGUCAGGAUCGGUGCCAAUCGAAGCAGCUGGAAAAGCCGGGAUAUUUCCCCCCCUCCCGAACCCCUCUUAAAGGAAGAGAAGGGCUUGUCCCAUCGGGCCAUGAAGGAGCAUGUAUGUCUGGAUCGCCUCAACAGUCAUUUCCGGGCCUUAAAAUGUUCUACCUGGGCCUCAAACUCUUCCAAAGCCAAUUCAGAACAGAAAUAUAAUAAGGGUGUCCCAUUUGCCCGCCAUCCUGUUUGCCUGCUUUGACCCACUUUCGCUGUAAGUGAGCCGUGGUGGCGCAGAGUGCAGUAUUUGCAGGCGCCUUCUGCUGACUGCCGGCUGCCUGCAAAUUUGGCAAUUCGAUUCUCACCAGGCUCAAGGUGGACUCAAUCUU